ACUGUCCUGAUUUCAAUGAUUCUGGUGUUAGUAUGUGCCUUUCUGAUCCCUUGCCCUCCCAGAGAUCUGCAGAGCACAUGGAGCCGCCGCUUGGGUCAAGAAGGAGGGGGGGACUUGUCUCCACUGGAGCUGGUUGAUGUCAAUGGCGAUGGGUUGCCUGAUGUCCUGCUUUCCUUCAUGAACCUAAGAAAUGGGAGUAUGAUAGGUGUUCCUAAGCCACAGGCCUCUCUUCUAGCUCUUUCAGGGGUAAAUGGUAGUACUCUUUGGACCAGUACUCUCUCAGAGGAGGCACAAAGUUUGCAGUGUUCUGGGUUGACUCCAGUAGACUCCUCAGAAGCUAUCUGUCUUGUGACUGGGAUAUCCAAGCUUCUCAGUGCACUCAAUGCCACUUCAGGCAAAGCCAUUUGGACUCUAAACCCAAGCCACUUGUUCAAUGGGACUUUGACCACCCCAGCUGUGGUGCUUCCAGAUUUGGAUGAUGAUGGAGUUAGAGAUCUCAUGGUUCUGACCACUGGGGUAUCAAAGGUUGAUUUCUGUUUCCUGUUAAUUUCAGGGAAGACAGGGAUUCCUAUGGGCCGGCCUGUGAAAUACAACAUCAUGAGAGAGGGGAAUCUAAUUGGUCCUCAGGUUUUCAUUACUACACAUGGAGCAAUCUAUAUCCUUUUUGGCUUUGGCAAUGUUCAAGCCGUUGCUCUGAGGGAUAUUUUUGUCCAGGCCCAAAACCGGGACAGCUCACCACCUUCUUUGCAACUAGAGGAACCAGAGUGGGAGAAGAGAAGAUCUGUUAACGUGUCUGAGUUUAUUGAUGUUUAUAGUGAUGACGUUGAAUUCCUUCAGAUGGUAAAAGCUCCAGACAGCAACUGCAGCAACCUUCUAAUCACAACCAGACAAGGUCUUGUUCUACUUCGGGGUCAAGACCUUGCACAGCAUUGGGUACUGAAUUUCCAAGGCCUACACAGCCAACCUAUUCCUGGAUAUUUCACGAAUGACCAGACCUUGGAUUUCCUCCUGGAGGCACAGUAUGGAGAUGGAAUGAAAAAGGUGUUGGUGGUAGAUGGUAACUCAGGCAUAAUCAUUUGGAAUUCCAGUCUCCCAUGUCACAUGAAAGAAUCAGCAGCUAUUUCAGUGAUGACAUCAGACCAGAAAUCUGUUUUUCUCUUUUGGGCUGAAGGCCUAUCAGAAGAACCAUCCAAUUCAGAUUUCAACUCAGGAACUGAGCCACCUGGGCUCCACCAUCUUUACCUUCUGCAUCCAACAUUCCCCACAAUCCUCCUGGAUCUGGCAAAUGACACAGGCACGGUGAAUGCUUCAGCAAUUGGAAUUAAUGAUGUCUGGAAGGAUGCUUUCUAUGUUACAAGGAAAACAGGACCAGGGUCUGAAAACCAUCGGAGACCUCUAAUUGUCAGCAAGGUGAACUUAAGGUGGGCCCUGAUGGAGAGCCAAGUGGUUCUGUUAAAGGAGACCACCCCCAAAAUUGGCCGGGGAGAACUAAGAAGAUUCCUUUCUAGGCUAAAGUUUAUUUCUUCUCAGAAGGUCUAGUCUGAAGGUACCUCUGAUUUCAGAUGGGACUAAUGAGGAACUUCUCUUUUAAGCUAGAAUCUUCUCAGUCAAGUCUAUAAAAGUCAGGUAUAUGGAGAGAACAAAAAGAAGCUUCUUUCCCCACAUUGUCUUGCCACUUAUGUAUAACACAAAGCACUUUGGAAAGCAGGCUGUUACUUUGUCAUAACAAUUCCAUUUGUCCAGCAACAGUAUGUUUAGCUUUCCUUCUUGACUUUCAUAUCAAGACCAUCCACAGGCUUUCUGUGGGUAGUUAAAAAUGUGAAUCUUAUGAGAGAGAGAGAGAGAGAGAGA